AUGGUUGUUUUCCUUAAACCCUCUCUGUUUUUAUAUAACUCUGUUUUGCUGGGUUCUUUGCCUGUAUUUGUUGGUUUUGCUGGGUUGGAGUUCUUAGACUUGUCUAAUAAUAGGUUGGGUGGGGCCAUUGAUUUAGAGUUAGAUGGGUUAGUUGGGCUCAGAAGCUUGAACCUUACCUUGAACAAUUUCACUGGUUCUGUUCCUACGCGUCCUGGAAAAUCCAAGGUCUUGAAGGAGCUUCGGCUUACUAUGAAUAUGUUUCAUGGCAUAAUCCCUGUUGAUAUUGUGGGCUGCCGCAAUUUGACUCUGAUUGAUUUUAGUGUAAAUAAUAUUUCUGUUCCUGACAGAAUUGGAGAGCUCUCCAAACUUGAGGUUUUGAUUCUGUCGUCCAAUAGUUUAUCUGGCGAAAUCCCACGAAGCCUUCGGAAUAUGACAAGCCUCACCCGUUUUGCUGCAAAUUCUAACAAUUUCAACGGUCCAAUUCCUGCAGGAAUUCCAAAACAUCUGAGAAAUUUGGACCUAAGCUAUAACAGCUUAAGUGGCUCGAUUCCAUCGGAACUUUUGUCUCCAUUGAAUCUGCAGAUUGUGGAUUUGUCUAACAAUAGAUUAAACGGAUCGAUACCUACAGCUCUUUCUCCGAGGUUGGUCAAAUUGAGAUUAGGAAGCAAUUCACUUGAUUAUGUAAUUCCAACUGCGGCCAUUUCAACACUCCAACACUUAACUUACUUGGAGCUGGAAAACAAUACAUUGACCGGAUUGAUUUCUCCUGAAUUGGGUUAUUGCCAGAGUUUGGCACUGUUGAAUUUGGCUCAGAAUCAGCUCUCUGGGUCUCUGCCAGUGGAGUUGGGUAACCUUAGCCAUCUUCAAGUCUUGAAACUUCAAUUUAACAAGUUGGCUGGUGAAAUCCCAAUUCAAAUUGCUCAAAUGUCGAAGUUGUCGACUCUAAAUAUCAGCUGGAAUUCUCUGAAUGGUUCGAUACCACCUUCGGUUGCAAGCUUGAAGAAUCUCAUUAACAUGAAUUUACAAGGCAACAAUCUCAGUGGUUCGACACCGGAAAAUAUUGGCUCCAUGACUUCUCUGAUGGAACUCCAACUUGGAGAAAAUCAGUUGAGUGGUCGCAUUCCAAGCAUGCCUAUUACUUUGCAGAUUGCUUUGAAUCUCAGCAGCAAUCUCUUUGAAGGACAUAUUCCCGUAACUCUUGCCAUGCUCACGGGAUUAGAAAUUCUGGAUCUCUCAAAUAACAAAUUCUCAGGUGAGAUACCCCUAGCCUUGACGCAGUUGGGAGCCUUGACACAGUUGAUACUUUCCAACAAUCAGCUCUCUGGAGAAAUUCCAAAAUUUAGUUCUUGGGUCUUCGUCAACACAAGUGGAAAUGAGGGUUUGACUAACUCCGCGACACCAAGCACGUCACCAGAAUCGAAAAAGAAGGGAAAACCAGUUUCACUGACAAUUGUUCUUUGGGCAGUUGCAGCAGCUAUUUUUGCUGUUGGAGGGAUCGCCAUCUUCCUAUAUCACUAUUAG